UUCAGGGCGUGACAAGGCCGCGUCUCGGCCUUCAAAGCGCCUCCCGGAGCGGAACAAAGAUGGCGGGCGGCGUUCGCACGCCCAUAAUGCUCCGCGGGAGGCCCAGGCGACCGGGCGGUUCUUCCGGACUCGGGGCGGCGGCGGCCUCAGCUGGGCAUCGCUGAGAGAGAGAGGGCGAGGGGACCGAAACCUAUGUGAGAGAAAGAGGGAACGGAAGGGCUUGUCCGUCGGUUCCCUUCGUCCCUUCUGCUGGAGGAGGAGGAGCAGAGCCAUGAGGCGCCGGGUGCCGCCGACCUCCUUCCCGCUCCUCGCCCUGCUUCUUCUCCUGUUGGUGCUCGGGGCUCCCGAGUUGGGGGCGCUGAGGCACCCGACCGCCCCUUCCCCUCGGCCCGCCCCACAGCACCGGGGUAGGCACCGGCCGCCGCGAUACGAGAAUCUGGAAUCUGUUCUCUCAGAUUAUGAUAUUCUUUCGGUGUCAAACAUCCAACAGCACUCAGUAAGAAAGAGAGACCUGCAACCAGAAUCCCAUAUAGAGAAACUCAUAAGUUUUUCUGCAUUGCAUAGGCAUUUUAAAUUAUACUUAACUUCAACUGCGGACCAUUUCCCCAAAAACUUUCAAGCACUUAUAGUGAAUGGCCAAGGCAAGGAAACUGAAUAUCAAGUACAGUGGCAGGAAUUUUUUACAGGACAUGUUGUAGGUCAGAGCAACUCCAAAGUUACAGCACACAUAGGUGAAGACGACUUCACAGUGAGGAUCAACACUGAUGAAGAAGAAUAUAAUGUUGAGCCCUUGUGGAGGUUUCUCAAUAAUACACAAGAUGAAAGACUUUUGGUCUACAGAUCAGAAGACAUCAAGGAUUUCUCACGAUUGCAGUCCCCAAAAGUAUGUGGCUAUGUUAAAAUGGAAGAGGAGGAGGAGCUUUUGGGUGGAGGGCUAAAGGAGAGUAAAUUAAAUAAAGCAGAUGUCCCUCGAAGAAAAAGAGCCACCCCAGACCCCUUGAAGAAUACCUGCAGGAUAUUGGUGGUGGCAGAUUAUCGCUUCUUUAAGAACAUGGGCCGUGGGGAGGAAAGUACUACAAUUAACUAUUUGAUUGAAUUAAUAGACAGAGUGGAUGACAUCUAUCGAAAUACAUCGUGGGAUAAUGCAGACUUCAAAGAUUAUGGCAUUCAGAUAGAUCAGAUUAUUGUUCACAAUGAGUCACAACCUGUACGUCCCGGGGGAAGACACUAUAAUAUGGCAAGAAGUCCUCGAGAUGAUGGUGAGGAUGCUUGGGAUGUGAAGGAGCUGCUGGAGCAAUUCAGUGCUGAUAUAGCGGAUAGAGCUGCUCGCGUGUGCCUUGCGCAUCUCUUUACCUACCAAGACUUUGCUCUGGGUACUCUUGGACUGGCUUAUGUUGGAUCUCAAAGGCCAACCAGCCAUGGAGGCAUCUGCCCAAAAGCUUUUCCUAGUCCAACCGCUGGAAAGAAUGUAUACCUCAACAGUGGCUUAACCAGCACAAAGAACUAUGGCAAAACUAUCCUUACAAAGGAAGCUGAUUUGGUUACAACUCACGAGCUGGGACACAACUUUGGGGCAGAGCAUGAUCCUGAUGGCUUGCCAGAAUGUGCCCCCACCGAAGAUCAGGGAGGAAAAUAUGUUAUGUACCCAAUUGCUGUGAGUGGAGAUCAUGAAAACAAUAAGAUGUUUUCAAGCUGCAGUAAAGAAUCCAUCCUUCGGACUAUUGAAGCCAAGGCACCAGAAUGCUUCCAAGAGCGCAACAACAAAGUAUGUGGCAACUCCAGAGUGGAUGAAGACGAGGAAUGUGACCCAGGCCUCUUGCGUCUGUACAUUGAUCCUUGCUGCACAUCUGAGUGCAAGCUGAAGCCAAAUGCCAAAUGCAGUGAUCGCAAUAGCCCCUGUUGUAAAGGAUGCCAAUUCGAAAGUGCACAGAAAAAGUGCCAGGAAGCCAUCAAUGCCACCUGUAAAGGAGAGUCCUAUUGCACAGGCAAUAGCAGUGAAUGUCCUCCCCCAGGGAAUGCCCCAGAUUACACUGUCUGUGUGGAUUUGGGCAAGUGCAAAGAUGGGGCAUGCAUACCCUUCUGUGAGUGGAAGAACCAGCGUUCAUGCGCCUGUAAUGAAACAGAUAACUCUUGCAAGGUCUGCUGUCGAGACGAGGGUGGGAGAUGCAGCCCAACUGUUGUCAACCAGAAUUUCCUGUAUUUGAGGAAAGGAAAGCCAUGCACUGUGGGAUUCUGUGACAUGAAUGGUAAAUGUGAGAAGCGUGUGCAGGAUGUGAUCGAGCGGCUUUGGGUUUUCAUUGAGCAGCUAAGCAUCAAUACGCUAGGAAAAUUUUUAGCAGACAACAUAGUAGGAUCUGUGCUUGUAUUCUCCUUAAUAUUUUGGAUUCCUCUAAGCAUUCUUGUACACUGUGUGGACAAGAAGCUGGAUAGGCAGUAUGAAGAGAACACCAAAUCUCUGUUUGGCCCCAGUAAUGUUGAGAUGUUGAGCAGCAUGGAUUCGGCCUCUGUUCGAAUUAUCAAGCCACCUCCUGCCGUGCCAUCGACUAGCCGGCUCCAGCCCUUGCAGCCUAUUGCACCAGUCUCUGUGGCAGCGGUGGUUCCGAAACUGGACCAUCAAAGAAUGGACACCAUUCAAGAGGAUCCCAGUACAGACUCUCACAUGGAGGAUGAUGAUUGCUUUGAUAAGGUUCCUUUCCCAAACAACAGCACAACUGCCAAGUCGUUUGAGGAUCUUACAGAUCAUCCUGUCACAAGGAGUGAGAAAGCAUCGUCCUUCAAACUACAACGCCAACAUAGAGUGGACAGCAAAGAAACGGAAUGCUAGUCUCUAGCUGCCUUUGGAGCUGUUAGCUCUGAUGUGCAAAAAUCAUGUUCAACUUGAUGAACUAAAGCCAUUUCAUUAUAGAAAUAUCUUGUAUGUGUAUAUAUUGUAUUGAAAAAUUGAAACAAGGAAGUGACCUACUGCAGAUGCUGGCCAUGUGUAUGAUCUUCUUUAGUUUCAGUGAGUGCUAUGUACACACACACACUCAAGUGUACUGAAACUUUUGAAUUUUUUCUUAUAGUCUUGAUUUGAACAUUUCCUUGAGCCUGUGGCAUAGAGGCAUAAUCUGCCUAAUACCAAUUGUUUUAUCUUAGUAUUUUUAUAAUGUGCCUUUUUGUAGUUGAAUAGCACUGCAAAGUUUUUAGAAUACAGAAGCCCCAAUAUGUAGUGAUUUACCUUCUUGUAUUAGUCUUCAGCAGUAUUUUUCUUGAAAAAUGAGGUAAACUACUAACACAGCAAAAUCUGAUGUUUUUCAUGGACGUUUGAAACAGGACUUUUAGUUAUGCAGUUUUUGACCAGAAGCUAGUAGAGACCUAAGCAAUGUUAAAAGUUCCAUUUAUUUCAGCUGGGCUUUAAGGUCACAUGACAGUGUCAUGGAUGAUGGCCUUUUUCUACAAAACCAAGUGGGUAAAAUGUGCAUUGAAACUUUACUCCUUCAUCUGUGUGCAGAGAUAAUUUUAUUCUAGCAAAUUGCUGCCUGCCAAAAUUUAACAGAUUAAAAAUAAUGCUGCUGAUCA